GAUUUUUCUCAAAAGGAAAGUCAUUCCUAUAGGCAACAGAACAAUAGAAGGCAUACAGAGAGACCUAACAGACAUCAUGGGUUGGUAUGAGGAGGAAGCAAUGGAGGUGUGGAAGAACAUUUUCCCACUUACAGAGGUGAGUGCUCGUCUGGGGUUCUUGCCGAUGGAGGACGAAGCUUGGAUCACCACACCAAACCCAUACUGGCACUUCCUUAUGGACAAGCCGAAAUUCCAGCCACUGGUAAGCAUUCCACCCUUGCAGUAAGGGAAGCAAUCUUGGAUGCACCUCUGCGAAAAAUCACUGAGUCCUUUGGAAAAGAUUCACCUCGAACUAGUGAUAUCACAGAGGAAAAUACUUCUAAAGAGGCCAAUAGAGAUGAUAUUUUUGGGAAACCUUUCAAUGCUCAAACUCCUCCAGUUCUCGAUGCCGACCAUAGCAUGUACAUUGAAUAUUCUGCGCAACCAAGCACAAUUCGGGAUUCUAAAGCUUGCCGUGAACCUAUUUCCAAGGGUGAUCAGGGAAAGGAACGAACUGAGACAAGUAUGGAUGUCGAGGGAGACAGGGGAGGGGCCGUCACUAACGUGCUUUGAUUCUCGUUUAGCCCCCAAUCCAAUCAUGAAUAUUUUAAUCUGGAACUGCAGAGGGGUAAUGAAGCCCACAUUCAAGAAGACUGUGAUGGACUUGGUUGAAUUGCACCAACUUGUGAUUUUUGUGAUUACGAAGACCAGAAUUGAUGGUCCUAGGGCGGAUGAGAUCAUUAGGAGACUGCCUUUUGAUGGUGCUUAUUCCACUGAAACCAUUGGCCAUGUUGACAGGAUUUGGCUCCUGUGGUGGUCUAAUUUUGUUUCCAUGGAGGUCCUGUUGGUAACGGAGCAGGGAAUUCACACCAUUGUCCAGGAACGUGAUUCAGACUUUCCCUAACUCCUCGGUGGCGCAUGUAUUCAGGGAAGCAAAUGGCGGUGCUGACCGGCUUGCAAGGAUGGGAGCUGAACUUGUUGUAACUGAUUUUCUUUUUUUGUUUGAACCACCGGAUUUGGUAG